AUGUUACUCGCCAAGGGACGAGCAGGUGCGAGGAUCAUCGUGUUUAUGAGCUGCACGGAUUCGGUUGAUUUUCAUUGGAGACUGUUGGGAGAAGCAAGUAUGGACAAUAGCGAUAGCGAACACGAAACCUCCGAGAGUAAAGACAAGGAAGAAGACGAGGGAGAGCCGAUCGCCGUAAAAUCAUCUCUCCUGCCUAAUACUUCAGUAUACAGGCUCCACGGUUCACUUCCCCUUCCACACGUCUCGCAUCACUCAACGCGUUCUCUGGGAAAAACAAGGGCAAGACUCAAGUACCAUCAACGGAGAGUGGAUCUUGUUUGUACUUCUGUCGCCUCGCGUGGGCUUGACUUGCCGCUCGUCCGUGCGGUCGUUCAAUAUGACUUGCCAACCGAAGGGGGUGCAACCGAGUACGUACACAGAGUCGGAAGAACCGCGCGAGCUGGAAAAGGUGGAGAGGCAUGGGCGAUCGUUGGCCCAAGCGAGACGGAGUGGGUGGGGUGGGUCGAGAAGCAUAUGGAGCAGACAGAUAAAGGGGAGGGAUCAAAGCAAUUGGUACAAGUGGGGGUCGAGGACGUUUUGAAAGAUGGGUUUGGAGGAAGGGGGAGAGAGUACGAAGAUCGUGCUACUGAGGUUCAACUUGUUUUUGAGCGAUGGAUUUUGAAGCAAGAUAAGAACGCUUCCCUUGCGCGAAAAGCAUUCCAAUCUCAUAUGCGUGCAUAUGCGACGCAUCCAGCGGACGAAAAGCAUAUGUUCCAUGUUCGGAACCUUCAUUUAGGACAUUUAGCCAAAGCGUUUGGUUUACGGAUGCUCCUGGUGCUGUUUCCAAGCCUAACACAAAAUCUAAAUCCGCCUCCAAAGUAA